AUGAAGUCUUACCUAGCUUGUCCCCAGACACACGAACGCAGAGCCCUAUCCUUGUCAAUGGACGAUGAUGCCGAGGAAGAUGGAUCUGAGUUUGAGGGAUCGGUCAUUUUGGGCUUAAAAAGAUUGCCUGGAAUUUAUAAAGCACGAAAGACGAGUCACCAUUUUUCUCUUUCAAAGCCUCUAGAAAUGUCGCAUGCAAUGGAGCGGUAUCUUGCUUCGGCAGUCUCCAACGAGCCAUCGGAACCUCAGGUUGACAAGGAACUCCCGAACGUUCCAGCAGAUCAACCACAUGCUCUCGCCGAGGAGCCAACCCUCGAUGUGCCUGGAAAUGUUGCUCUCCCUGUACCGAGCGAGAGAGACGCAAUAUCCGCCCUUCCGGUUCCUUUGGAGGCAAGUCAAAUGCCGUCGCUAAAUCCGGACAGGCCGAUAUCGGUUGGAUCGGAGCGAAGCGCACCUGACUCGGGAAUAGAGGAUUUGGAAGCAGCCGAUAUUUAUUUACGACUCUCUCUCGACCACCGCUUGCGAUACCACGGCGAUGCCACAUGGCGCCGUGUGAGCCUGAGCUCCAUGUAUAGCCGCGAGAACAAGAUCAUGCGAAAACUUCUCGGCAAAGUCACUGCCGAUAGCAGCACCGACACGAGCCACACCAUUGGCAUCACCAGCGCGCCGCACCUACAAACCUUCCGACCGAGUGCCUCCCAGAACGCCGUAUACCCCGCCGGCGUCCCCAUCCUAUGUCUCGAUACCUCCCCUGACCACCGCACUGCGAUUAUCGCCGGCCGACAUAUUCUCAAGACAGUUGUCUUCGAUGGCCUGUCCGUUAGCGAGGGCAUUGAUGUCCGCGCCGCCAUCACUGCUCAGUCUGCUUCCAGCAAGGGCGCAUCAAGCUCCUUAACGGCAGAUCAGCUGUCUAUACGAGAUGUCAAAUCCGGCGGGCUCACAUACAGCCCCCGAGGUGCCUACAAAUGCAACGCAGACGGCGUUCGCCAGGUCAAAUGGUCGCCCAAGGAUGGGUUCUACUUUGCCUGCGGGACAGAGUCAGGAGUGGUGCUCAAAUGGGAUGUGCGCAAGAUCGCGCAGCCAUUACUCAAGAUACCCGCCCAUGACAAAGCAUGCGCAUCUAUCUCCUGGCAUCCUGACGGGAAUCAUCUUAUUAGUGGAGGAUGGGACAGCAAGUGUGCUGUCUGGGAUAUGUCCAAGAACGCUGAUAAGAGACAGAAACCACGCUGGCUUGUAUACACACCUGCGCCAGUGUCCGCUGUAGCCUGGCGACCCGGGUUAUGGUCUGCAAGUGCUCAGGGGAAACGUGCUGCCCAAGUUGCUGUGUCCUACGACGACGGCAGCCACAAGAGUAACUACCUCGAAACUCUUGAAAGAGAACUUCCAUACGUUACUGGCGCAAAGCCUCUGGCUAAGAGGGUUGCUUCCAUCAUGGAGCAGUACGCUCGUGCUGCAGAACAGGUCAACCAGUUCCGUCUGGCGCAAACAUGGCGAAUUCUCGCGUACUCCGUCACUUUACUUCUAAACAGACGGGCACAGUAUCAUCUCGAAACUCGCUUGGGCCACUUCCAAAAGAGGCCAUCUAUCUCAAAGAUAAAGGACAUACCCAAAGUUAAAGUUCCAAAGCCAUUAGGGGUUGUUGUGGAGAUGAAUGGCGAGGAAACACCCAGGCGUCCAUCGACAGCUGUCUUGUCUAAUAGCGGCGACAGUAGGUCUCUAGGCGUGCGAUCUCUGUUGUCCGAUGAAAUUGAAAGCACAUCGAACGUCGCAACGCCUAUCGCGCGUGCAAUUAACGUGGAGCACGCAGAUCAGGCUGGUCACAGAUCGGAAACGCAACUGCCGCCAGUCAUGGAGUCGGAUAGCUUUGCUUUGCCCCCUGCUGCCCAUAAUGUGCCCGAGCCAAAGAAAAAGGAACAGAAACCCCUGGACUACGGCCCCCGCACCCCGAAUAGCCGGCGAACAUUGAGACACGACUCGGAAGAGAGCUUCUCCCAAAUGUUCUCCAUGUCAGAGAGCAGCAGGCAAACGUCGGGGCUGGCGUCAUCUUCCGAAGGGGGUGCCUCAACGCGCUCGAUUACGAGUUAUCCUGUACAGCUCAGACAUCAGGCGGCAGAGGAGCAGGGCGAAUACGAAAGCCGCAUCCGUGGAAAAGAGAUUGAAGACUCUCCCGAACAUGGUGCGUUGUCGGGUCUUGGUGGGCCAGGCGAGAGCGCACAGAAAGACUCUCCAGAAGAGGUCUUUAUGAUUUCCCAGACGACCAUGGCAUCCGAUACUGCGACAGAUCCGCCAUCGCAGCAAUCCCAACUGGAUUCCAUCCAACCCACCUUCGAGGAAGACGCACCACUUCAUGUCGGUGUUUCGUCGUCAAGCCCACCAAAGAUCAGUCCGGCACUGCAACACAAUUCCUCGCCAGAUAUUCUGGAAUCUGACUACCUCCUGUGGCCGGAAGAUCCCUCCUACCCUCAUCCCAUCGCAUCAAAAGAAACGCUCAACAGCUCGCCCCCGCUGAACCCGUACACCCUCCUCACCCGCGCCCUUGAUUUUGAAACUCGAACCUCAGCCCUCAACGCCUCUGCAAUGGUCCUCCUCCUCAAACCUCUAAUGCCAGACUCCGUCAUCGAUCCCUUCCGAGCGACCUCCAUCUUGCGUCAGCAACACGCCCGUCUUAUGGGCAUGAAACUCUUCAUCGAAGCCGCCCUCCUACGCAAACUAUGCAUCCAGGGCUGGCCUGAGGGAAUCCCAGCCUGGGGCGAGAACUACACGUCCAUCUUCGGCCCGGCUCAACAGGGCGUCAAGGGCGGCUUCAUGUGUCCCAGCUGCCGCAAACCGAGAGAAUUGGACCCCAAACUCGGCCAAAAGGCCCUCUGGAAAUGCGAGCGAUGUCGUGCGGCCAUGGCGCCCUGUGCCGUGUGCGGCCACCGCGAGACAGCGGCCACAGUCACCACUAUCGCCGAGGGGGUAUCACAGCAGUGUGAUCCGGUGAUGAGCAUAUGGUGGUACUGCCCCGGCUGCGCACACGGAGGCCACGCAACCUGCCUCCAGGACUGGCACGCUCCGUCCGAAGACGGGAGCUACGAGCACAGUGACGGCUGCUGUCCCCUCGACGGCUGCGGACACGCUUGUCUGCCGGGUAAGUGGCGGGAAGAGAAGUCGACGGCGAGAUCGGACGAGGUCGGUCGCGCCGCGGCCGAGAAGACGCGCGUGCUCGGCGGCAGCGUCAGCGUCAGCGUCAGCGGGAGCAAACCGCAGAGCCCCGUCAUACAGCCCAGUAUCCGCGGCGACAACAACGAGGUGCCGCAGAGCAGGGCCGUCGAGAGCGUGCGCGAGGCGCUGGCCAGUAGCGCGCAUACAAUGGGAAUCAUGAGUUCCAGUCCCGUGAGCAGGUCCGGUGAGAGAGAGAGGAGGAAGAGCGUCAAGUUCGUGCCGACGGAGCGCUAG